CCACAUAAAGCCAGGCCUCCUCCCUGGCGGGGCUGCAGGGGUACAGUGCUCAACAUGCCUGCCCAAGCGCAGGCCCUGCUGCUGCUGCUGCUGCCGCCACUGCUGCUGCUCACCCCAGCCACAGGCUCAGACCCUGUAUUCUGCUUCGCCCAGUAUGAGGAAUCUACGGGCAAGUGCAAGGGCCUCCUUGGGGGAGGGGUCAGCAUGAAAAACUGCUGUCUCAAUGCUGACUAUGCCUUCCAGAAGCCUGGCAGCAAGCUCUGUAUGGCGUGCAGGCUCCCACAGUGGUCACCGUGGUCCGCGUGGAGCCCCUGCUCAGUGACCUGCACUGAGGGCUCCCAGCUGCGGCACCGGCACUGCAUAGGCUGGGAUGACCAAUGCUUCCCCGAGAAGGUGGAGCCUGGAACCCUCCAGUGGCAGCUACAGGCCUGUGAGGACCAGCCAUGCUGUCCUGAGCUGGGUGGCUGGUCCGAUUGGGGACCCUGGACAGCUUGCUCUGUCACCUGCUCUAGAGGGACCCAGAUUCGUCGUCGAGCAUGUAAUCGCCCCACCCCCAAGUGUGGGGGCCAUUGCACAGGAGAGGCACAAGAGUCGAAGGCCUGUGACACCAAACAUGUCUGCCCCACACACGGGGCCUGGGCUGCUUGGGGCCCCUGGGGCCCCUGCUCAGGCACCUGCCAAGGUGGACCCAAUGCAGCUGUGGAGAGACGAAGCCGCACAUGCUCUGCACCUGAGCCCUCCACACAGCCUCCUGGGAAUCCCUGCCCAGGGUCAGCCUAUGAGCAGCGGGUCUGCACCAGCCUGCCACCUUGCCCAGUGGCUGGUGGCUGGGGGCCAUGGGGUGCUGUGAGCUCCUGCCCUGUGACCUGUGGCCUGGGUCAGAUCCAGGAACAACGGACAUGUGAUCACCCUGUACCCCAGCAUGGGGGCCCCUUCUGUGUCGGUGAUGCCACCCGGACGCACGUCUGCAACACGGCUGUGCACUGCCCUGUGAAUGGACAGUGGGGGCUCUGGGGAGAGUGGAGCAACUGCAUCCGCCCAAACAUUAAACACAUCAGCUGCCAGGAGAUCCCAGGCCAGCAGACACGCUCCAGGAUCUGCAAGGGCCGCAAAUUUGACGGACAACGAUGUGUUGGGAAACAGCAGGAUAUCCGGCACUGCUACAACAUCCAGCGCUGCCCCUGGAAAGGCUCCUGGUCAGAGUGGAGUACCUGGGGAUUGUGCAUACCCCCAUGUGGACCCAACCCCAUCCGCACCCGCCAGCGCCUCUGCCAGGCCACGCUCCCCAAGUUCUCGCCCACCGUUACCACAGUCGAAGGUCAGGGUGAGAAGAAUGUGACCUUCUGGGGGAAACCGUUGGUACUGUGCGAUGUGCUGCAGGGGCAGAAGGUGAUGGUGGAGGAGAAACGGCCAUGUCUACACGUGCCUCCCUGCAAAGAACCCUGAGGAUGAGAAUUCUUACAUCUCUCUGUUCCACUCUGACCCCCUGACCUCUCAGACUUCAAUAA